AUUGCGUUUCAAGUGGUUGGGUGGGUUCUCGCUCUCCCGUCGCCUGACACCAGUGCUUUCGGUUGGGUUGUGGUCGGCUAAAGCUAUUUUGUGUCGCGAUUAGAUUAUUGGUAGCCAAUUAUUUGUUGAGCCGUUUUUUUUUUAUCCUUUACUCCCACCAAGUUGAAAGUGCAAUAGACAUGAAGGUCCACGGCAUGUUAUGAUGCGGAUAACGGUCAUCGAACUGGUCAGUUAGUUAAGCUCACCUACAGCAGUGUCCGUGUCCGCCUCGCGCUUAACCGUCAAUCAUUCAUCUAACGAUGUUACAACAUAAUUAAGCUACCUGCACAAGAAAGUGACAUAAGUGAGUGUACUACGGAGAAGAAUCAUGUGAACAAGUACAACACACGUUGAAGCAAUAGUAUGGUGAUCUGUGAUCUGUGGUUUGCAGAAGAAUAACGAGCUAAAUCAACAUCCGACCGUCCGUGUGUCCGAUCUUUAACGCCAAAAUUCAACGCCACCAGACAGCAUUUAACGCGUGUUGCUCCAACAACCACCACCACCACCCAACACACGUACUUGUCUAUAGUAUAAGCGUUUUCCGUAUGUCAUACAUCCACCAUGGACAAGCCCAAAUCAGCCCUCACGAUUGCGGAAGAAACACGGCUCUUUGGUGAAGUGCCUCAGGUGGCACUCACACUUUCCGGCACAGAAACAACUCACGCACAUGUUGUGGAAGAAAAAUCAUCCAAACUCAACAUGAGCGAGCACCACGAUGGUCAGCAUGAUAACAAAAGCUCCGGCAUUAGCAGCACCACCAGCAGUAUCGUAAAUGUGAAUCAGAACGCACCCAAGGUGGACGAUUUGCCCCGGGAUGGGCAGCUUCUGGAUGAGUCUAGUCAAGUGCAGCAACUCGAUUCGAUGACCACCGUUGUGAUCGAUAUUGAGUCUACGAACGAAGGAUUCAUCGUGCCAAAUAAUUCCAACAUGAGUUUUUCAGACGUCGUACAGCAGCUUCGAACCACAUUCAACAGUGGCAAAACGAGAGAUGUUGAUUUUAGAAUAAAUCAACUGCAGGCCCUGUUGCGAUGCUACGAAGAAAACACCGCCGAGAUGGCGAGCGUGCUCGCAUCGGAUCUGCGCAAGCACAAGCAGGAAGCCCAUCUGCUCGAGAUUGAAUUCAUUCUGAACGAUCUGCGCAACACACUGUUCAAUUUGCGCGAAUGGGUAAAACCGGAGAAGCCCGAGAAAAGCCUGGUCAACAUGAUGGACGGUGUGUACAUCUACAAAGAUCCGUACGGUGUGGUGCUGGUGAUCGGUGCCUGGAACUACCCGCUACAGCUUACCCUCGUACCGGUAGCUGCCGCCAUCGCGGCGGGCAACUGUGUCGUCAUCAAGCCGAGCGAAGUUGCGCCAGCCUCGGCCAAGUUUAUUGCCGAUGUACUGCCAAAAUACUUGUCCCAGGAUUGCUACAGGGUGGUGACUGGUGGGCCGAAGGAAACGACCGAGCUGCUGAAGGAAAAGUUCGACUACGUGUUCUAUACCGGUUCCGGGCGCGUCGGCAAAAUCAUCCAUCAGGCGUGCAGCGAAAACCUGACGCCCUGCACACUCGAGCUGGGCGGCAAAAGCCCUUGCUAUCUGGACGGCACGGCCAACAUGGCGAUCGCGGCCCGACGCAUCUUGUGGGGCAAGUUUAUCAACGCGGGCCAAACGUGUAUUGCGCCCGAUUACAUACUGUGCAGCAAACAGGUCCAGAAGCAAUUCCUCGAGGAGGCCCGCAAAGUGCUGAAGGAAUGGUACGGAACGAAUCCGAAGGACAGUCCCGAUCUUUGCCGCAUCAUCAACCAGAACCAUUUCCAACGGCUUACGUCCCUCCUCAAGGGUGCGAAUGUGGCUAUUGGUGGGGAAACCGAUCUGCAGGAUCGUUACAUCUCACCGACGAUUCUGAUCGACGUGAAGUCAACCGAUCCCGUGAUGCAGGAUGAAAUUUUCGGCCCCAUUCUGCCGAUUCUGAACGUGGACAAUGCAUACGAUGCGAUCAAAUUCAUCAACUCCAGAGAUAAACCCCUAUGUCUGUACCUAUUCACAAAAAGCAGCAAGGAUCGUGAUACCAUCCUGGCAAAUACUUCCAGUGGUGGUGUUUGUGUAAAUGAUGCGCUCACACACUUUGCAGUUGAGGCAUUGCCGUUCGGUGGUGUUGGACCAAGCGGAAUGGGCUCGUACCAUGGCAAGUACUCCUUCGACACGUUCGUCCACAAGAAAUCCUGCCUGACGAAAGAUUUCAACCCCAUUGGCGAAAAGUUGGCUGCCUCUCGGUAUCCACCCUACUCGGAAAGUAAGCUGUCCUUCCUGAGUACCUUGCUGAAGAAGCGUCAGGGAAUCAACUUGCAAUUUCUGCCAUAUGCGCUAAUGUUCGGUAUUGGCGUUGCUUCAACACUGAUCGUGAGCACCCUACUGAAGGACGAUGAUUAACGAGGCAGUUCAAAGAUGCAAGUAGCCGACACACUAAGAAGUGAGACUGCCGCAACAGAAAUGAGGUUCGACAACAAUCAACCAACGCAUACCGGAAAAGUGUCACAGUUCGAGUCAUUUUUUACAUUGUUUUUUAUACGUAUACACGCAAAGGCUUUCCUUGCAACAAACACAUUGUGAUGGGGGAUCGUUUUCCCACACCUUUUGGUUCCAGCCGGUAUUGGAGAUUGGGUGAUGUGUAGUUAGGAGCAAACGACGAAAAGGAGUUUUACUUGUUUUUUUUUUUACUACACACAUGGUGAUACAAAUAAUUUCAUACCGUCAUUAGACGGCCACGAAAGCCUUUUUUUUCUACACGGUUUAAGUUUUAAAAACAGAUCACAAAAAAGCUAGUAAAUGUUCGUUAAUCAUGGAUUAGCACAGCAGCACAGGAUGAAAUCAUGGGUUCAAGCAAUAAAUGUUGAUAAGUGGGUAAUUCAUAAA